AUCGGACCGUUUCCCUGCCGCAUCCAUUUUUGUGCAUUCAAGAAGUCUCUUGGAGUUAGCAGCAGCAGCGGCAGCAGCAGGAGGGAAUCGCGGGGAAGUCCGCCGACAACCGCAAUAAGGAUCGCGGCAGCGGCGGCAGCAGCAGCAGCAGCAGCCAUGGGUUAGACUACAUUCACCAUGAUUGCGAAAUAAAAGCAUCCACACCUGAAGAUGUCAGCUUUGGGGGCCCCUGCGGCUCCCGCUCCGCCGGACCUGAGCCACCUCACCGAGGAGGAGAGGAGGAUCAUCCUCUCGGUCAUGGAGCGGCAGAAGAAAGAGGAGGAGAAAGAGCAGUCCAUGCUGAAGGAACCUCCUAAAGAAGACACAAAGCCUCAGUCAGCUCAGUGGAAUCCUUUCAGUGGAAUCACUGAGCUGGUUAGUAAUGUCCUUCAGCCCCAGUCAAAGUCCCCCAGUGAGGAGCAGCCCAAGCCGAAGCUGCACCAGCAGUUUGAGAUGUACAAGGACCAGGUGAAGAAGAUCGGAGAGGAGGCUCCGAAGAACCCGGAGCAGAAGGGAGACUCGCCCACCUGUGGGAUCUGCCACAAAACCAAGUUUGCCGAUGGCUGCGGCCACGUCUGUUCUUAUUGCCAAACCAAGUUCUGCGCGCGCUGUGGAGGACGCGUCUCCCUCCGCUCCAACAAAGUAAUGUGGGUAUGCAACCUGUGCCGAAAACAACAAGAAAUCCUCACCAAGUCGGUAGCGUGGUUCUACAGCAGUCCUGAGGGCUCCAGAUCAGGGCCCCAAGCCAAAAUAAGGGGAGGCCCAGUCGGAGCAAACCAGGACCCUCUCAGAAACGGUUCAGGGAUCCCAGGCAGAAACAGAAGCCCAUCAGCAUCCAGGGACCCCAACGCGGCAUAUAACCGAAGGGAGGGGGAAGGAGGACUGCAGUAUGCCCCGGCUGAAGGAGGCAUGCCCCGCUCUCCGUCCGACUACGGACGUGACCCUGGCCAUUCGCCGAGGAGUUCAAGUAUGUACAAUGAGGUGGGCGGUUAUCAAGACAGCCAAGGACGUUGGCACUCGCAAGGCCAGCGUUUGGACGGCCAGCUAGAGGACUAUGAACUCCAAAGACGCCGUGAGGAGGAAUACCAGGCCCGAUACCGCAGCGACCCCAACCUGGCGCGCUACUCAGUCAAACCCCAGCCCUACGAGGAGCAGAUGCGCAUACAUGCCCAGGUGUCACGGGCUCGGCACGAGCGGCGUCAUAGUGACGUCUCGCUCGCCUAUACAGAACUUGACGAGCCUCUGCAUGGGCCCGGUGGGCGGCAGUCGCGCCUCCCUCUGUUGGGAGGCCCAAGUCAACGCUCGUACUCCAUGGACAGGAGCUCACCGGGACAUCGGAUGUCGAAUCAUAGCCCACCAACACCACACCGCAGCCCCGUGCUGGGCGAUAGCCGGCGAGGACUGGUGGAGCCAACGAGGAAACCCAUACCCCAACAGCACCACUUGGACCCUAGCUCAGCCAUGCGCAGGAACAGUCGGGACAAAAUGGAUAGCAUGCUACGAAACGAUUCUCUAAGCUCGGACCAAUCCGAGUCGGUUCGGCCUCCUCCACCUCGACCGCACCGCAGCAAACGCCUUGGCAAGCUCAGAACCAUGGGCAGCUUCAGCAGCUCAGAAGAGGAGCUGGCAACCACGCCAGAAUACACCAGCUGUGAGGAUGUGGAGCUGGAGAGUGAGUCCUUCAGCGAAAAAGGAGAUAUGGAUGGUCACUGGUGGGACCAUGCAUCUUGGCAUAGCGAGGCCUCCUCAAUGUCUAUGCACCCGGUGACAUGGCAACCAUCCAAAGAUGGAGAGCGCCUAAUAGGGCGGAUAGUGCUAAACAAGCGGAUGAAAGAUGGCACGGUGCCCAGAGACACGGGGACACUGCUGGGCCUCAAGGUCGUGGGAGGGAAGAUGACAGAGUCUGGCAGACUUUGUGCUUUCAUUACAAAGGUGAAGAGAGGAAGUCUAGCAGACACUGUCGGCCAUCUCCGACCAGGUGAUCAGGUCCUGGAGUGGAACGGGAGGGUCUUACAGGGAGCCACAUUCAAGGAAGUUUACAAUAUCAUUCUAGAAUCCAAGCCAGAGCCGCAGGCGGAGCUGGUGGUCUCGCGGCCCAUCGGAGAUGUCCCUAGAAUACCAGAGAGCACACAUGGACAACUUGAAUCAAGUUCAAGUUCUUUUGAAUCCCAAAAGAUGGGCCCGUCCAUCUCUGUCACGUCCCCCAUGAGUCCUGGCAUGCUCCGGGACAACCCUCAGUAUCUGUCCGGACAGCUCUCAAGUCCAUGCCUUAGUAGAAGAACCACGCCUUUUGUCCCUAGGGUCCAGGUCAAGCUGUGGUACGAUAAAGUAGGACAUCAGCUCAUCGUCACUGUCCUGGGCGCCAAAGACCUGCUUUCACGAGAAGACGGGCGACCUAGGAAUCCAUACGUCAAAAUCUACUUCCUCCCCGACAGAAGCGAUAAAAGCAAGAGGAGAACGAAAACAGUGAAGAAAUCUCUGGAGCCCAAGUGGAACCAGACGUUCAUGUACUCGCCGGUGCACAGACGAGAGUUCAGGGAGCGCAUGCUGGAGAUCACGCUGUGGGACCAGGCCAGAGUCCGAGAGGAGGAGAGCGAGUUCCUGGGAGAGAUUCUGAUCGAGCUGGAGACGGCGCUGCUGGACGAUCAGCCUCACUGGUAUAAGCUCCAAACACACGACCAGUCCUCGAUGCCGCUGCCGAACCCCUCGCCCUGCAUGCAGAGACGCCUCCUGCACGGAGAGAGCCCCACACGCAGGUUACAGAACAAGGGCCCAUAUUUUUACAACUCAGGGUCACAGAGAAUCAGUGACAGCGAGUUCUCUGAUUACGACUGUGAAGACGGGAUUGGUGUUAUCUCAGAUAACCGGCACAAUGGCAGGGAUUUCCAGAGCUCCACUCUGUCUGUCCCUGAGCAGGUGAUGUCGUCCAAUCACUGUUCCCGAUCAGACAUGACCCGCACACGCUCGCGCUCACCCAGCGUCCCUCCACCACAAAGUCGAAGUUUAGACCACGGUGUGAGAGGAGGACCCUCGCUUUACGGCCCCCGACAUCGCCUGUCUGAGGACAGAUACUCACCAGACAGCCAGUAUCUUACCCUCCCUCCUCGAACCAGACACAGACAGCCAAGCGUCGACCCCGCUAUCCAGGACCCCAGUAUGUACCCCCUCUAUCGGGAGGACGCGGUCAGGUUACUGCGCUCCACUAGGAUGGCCCGUGCAUACUCAGACGUGGCUUACAAUAGCAUGGACAGGAGGAUGAGGAGAGAUAGACAAAUGUCUGCCUACAGUGACUCGUAUGAAUCUCCUGAGAGAUAUUACAAUGGGCCCAAUCAUGUAUCUACUCCAUGGCCCAAUCAUGUCAUGAAUGGAAACGGUGGAGACUACAGGACGUGCCCCAGGAUAGAAAUUGAGGCUUCUACAGAUGCAGAAAGAGAGGACAAUAUCCCAGAGUUCCCAGCUAACCAUGAACACUAUGAGGAAGAUCUGAGGUAUAGCCGCAGCAUGGUGGACAGGCAUGAGCAUUACAGGUCCAGGUCAGCUGACCAGCGGCCCAUGAUGGAGCGACCGGUCUAUACGCGCUCCCGCUCGUCCGAGCGGCCCGACUCCGGCUACAUGAGAUCCAUGCCGUCCUUACCGUCAGGGAGAUCCGCCCCUCCCUCUCCUGCCUUAACGAGGGCAAACAUCCGCACCGGAUCGGUCCAAACAAGUCCCACCAGCACGCCACUAUCGAGUCGGAGAGGUCGGCAGCUACCGCAAGUCCCACCGAAGGGCUCUGUGGACAGAACUCAUAUGGGGAUGGAGUCUCCUGUCCCGGGCCCUGCUGCCACCCAUGCCCCCUUACCUCCUCCUACACAUGCUCCUCCACCUCCUGCACACACCCAUCCACCUUCUUCAGUUGCCACUCCCCCACCCACACAUGCCCCUCCCCCUCCAGCUCCUGCUCCCGCCCCUCCUCCUCCUGCUGCUCCAUCAUCAUCCUCACCGCUCGUCUCGCAGGCUUCUGAGCCAGAAUCCCAGGAAAAGCCUGUAGCUCCCCCAGCUGUCAAUGGGAGGAAAGAGGUGACAUGGGAGGACCAGCAGAAGAAAGCUCUUGCUGUAGUGUCAGAGUCAACAGUGUCAGAGAAUGGAGAUGCAGGCACUUUGAAGGAUCCAUCAAGGCGUGGGAUGGACAGUCUCUCCAUGAGGUCGUCGGACAGUGAUGUAAGCGACGUGUCCGCUAUGUCGAGCGCAUCUCGGCUUAGCAGCACGAGCUACAUAUCUGUCCAGUCAGAAAGGGUGCGAGCGAGCCGCAGGAUCAGCCGUGCGGAGGCUCUUCAGAGUCAGGGAGAGGAGGGCGCUGUCUCUGUGGAAGAGCAGGUGGAAGCCAAUACAGCGAGUGCACAGGGGGUGGGGCAUGAUGGGGAGGUGGGUGGGGCUACUGUCAACCCAGAGCAAGAGGAAGAAGAGGAGGAACCUGAGAGGGCUCAGACGGCCACCCCGGGCUCCAACAUCACCAAGAGCUCCAGUGUGGGUGGAGACAUGUGCUCGCUGGGCAGGAACGACGACGAGGACGACGACAAGAAGAGGCGCUCCAGCUUCGGAGCCAAGAUGGCCGCCAUGGUGGGACUGGGGAAGAAGAGUCAAAGCACCUCCCAGCUGGACCCGGCGGAGGAGGGUAAGAAGAAGAAGCCGGUGCGUCUGGCGAUCCAGCGGAGUGUAGAGACUGGUUUAGCAGUCGAGAUGAAGAGCAGGAUGACACGGCAGCCCAGCCGAGAGACCACAGAAGACAGUGAAAUGGCAAAACCUGGAAAUCUAAUCUUCCCUGGAGUGAAGAUCUCUUCAGACAGCCAGUUCACUGAGUUUUUGGAUGGUCUUGGCCCCGCCCAGCUCGCAGGGAGACAGACACUGGCCACGCCCCCAAUGGGUGACAUCCAGAUCGGUAUGGUACACAGGAAGGAGAGGCUGGAUGUUGAAGUUAUUCGGGCUCGAGGCCUGGUGGGCAAACCAGGGAACAAACAGACGCCAGCACCUUAUGUAAAAGUAUAUCUGCUGGACAAUGGGAAGUGCAUCAACAAAAAGAAAACACGGACAGCGAGAAAAACACUGGAUCCUCUUUAUCAACAGCAACUUCAGUUUGAGGAGAAUCCUGAGGGGAAGGUUUUACAGAUCAUUGUUUGGGGGGACUAUGGACGCAUGGACCACAAAUCCUUCAUGGGAGCCGCCCAGAUCCUGUUAGACGAUUUAGAGCUGACCAACAUGGUGAUUGGCUGGUACAAGCUCUUCCCUCCCACCUCAUUAGUGGACCCAACCUUGGCACCUUUAAGUAGUAAACCUCCAGAUUCAAGCCUGGACAGAUCCAACGUUCGGUCGUAGCGGCAUGAGAAGGUGAGCGGUAGAGAGCGGCGUGAGUAGCUCCAGCUACAAACAGAGAGGAGACGGGUCACGUCCUGAUUACACUGCAUGCUUGAUGUUGUGUCCUCUGAGCCCGUGCGACAAGAGGCUAAGAAAAGGCCUGUGUCCUUCUGCCAAAAAAAAAUAAACGAAAAGAAAACGUAUGCUGCUGUCACACGCAGGGAAAGAAAGUCUCUCCGUUCAGCUGAAGAGAUGCAGCCAAGGAUUCGGCGGAGUCUGACUCUUAACCGUAGGACGUUAAGAGUGCUGAUUUCCACCGGAAAAGGAAGACGCCGUUUUACUCUGGCUGCUUCCUCUCUGUUGUAUUCAAAGAGAUGUCAGUGUUUCUUACCUACAGUAGAACUUGAAGCAUUGUAGCCAUUACUGUAAGCCAAGCUGUCAAAAGAAGAUCCAUAAAGAGAGAAGUGCUUGGCUAAGAUGGGACAGGAAAGGGAAAGGGUAACCUCAGAGACAUGGCGUUCUCAUGGGAAUUACCCUACAUCAAGCCAGAUCUCCACUGGAUUGAUUUUCAAAGUUCGGUGAUGAGGAAAUGGAUAUGGCCAGAGUUCCUGUUUGAUUCGGGGGGGGAUUAAUGAAAUAAAUAAUGGACUUUUUUUUUGUGCUCCGGUAUGAUGUUCUCUUUGUUGAUGUACUGUAUGAAAUUUAUGAGAUUAUUUUUUUUUUCUUUUUUUUUUUGCAUGGAUGCAGAGUUGUUUAAAAAAAUCUGAAGUUUAUUUUCCUCAAGACUUGCAAAAAAAAGAAAAAAAAAGAGAGGAAGAAACUUAUUUAAGGAUGACCAGAUCAGCCAUUUUCAACAAUUUGUAUUAUUUUUAAUAUGAGAUUCUCUAGUGCAUGAUUUUCAAAGGGACUGAAUGCAAAAUGAUAACGAUGUGAUUGUCAUCCUUUAGAAUGUUUUUCUGUAUUUUUACAGAUCUCGGUUACAGGUGUGGCCUGAUGAGACUUUGUAUCUCAUAUUAUUAACAGAAAAAAAGCAAGGGAUCGUCAAGGAAAACAAUAAAUGUACAAUAUUGAUUUCGAUAUAAAAACGAACAUGAAAAUUGUACAUUUCUCCCUUCAAAUGCAGCCAUAAUUCUGUGUUCAUGUGGAGACAGAGCUGUAGAUUAUGGGUCUGUCAUGAUACCACUGUUCUGUUACAAUAGAAUGGCUCAUUCAUUCAAAGCAAGCAUGUUGAAAAGGGUCUGCAACAUGGAUUGAGCACACCUCUGAGUAAUACAGCAUGUUUUGAUAGAGACAUCUGGGAAUUUUUCGCAGUUUUGUGUACAGUGCAUGUGGACCAGAGGCUUGGCCGUCCCCUGAUCUAGUGUCGUCCACAGAUUCAGGUCGGGGUCAAGGUUUUGUGGCCGACGGUUCAGACAUUUAACGCAACAUUCCACCUCUUGGCACUCAUCUUUUCUUGACGUUUUGAAAAGAAAAAAAGGAAAAGAAAAUCAAACAGACAAAAGAAAUCUAAAAAACAAGAGGGAAAAAGUUAAGAAAAUUUAUAUUUAUUCAAGUUUGACUUGAAAAAAUGUUGCAAGUAUAUUUUAUUUUAUUAUUGUUAUAAAGAAAAUGUUAUAAAAACGGAUCCCAUUGGAUGGUGCUGUACGCAGUCUCUGAACUCGGAGAGGACUGGACAAUGUUCAUUCUCGUUGUGUUGGUCAAUGCAACAAGACACUGGUUGUCGAAUUAGGAGCGAGUCACAGUUUGUGGAUAUGGGGAAAAUUGCCACACAAUAUGAAUUUUUAAUUGUUUCUUGUUUUGAGAGAAUAAA